CGGCGGCGCCCGUGGCCUGGGCUGGGAGACGGUGGGCUGAGCCGCCGACACUCCGGAGAGCCCGCCGCCCGCGCGAGGUGUAGUCGGGGCACUGCCUACAGAGCAGGUCCUGCCAGCCUCGCUGGAGAGGAUGCCCCCGUGUCAGUGAUGGGCUGUGGGACAAGCAAGGUCCUUCCUGAGCCACCCAAGGAUGUCCAGCUGGAUCUGGUCAAGAAAGUGGAGCCCUUCAGUGGCACUAAGAAUGAUGUAUACAAGCACUUCAUCACAGAAGUGGACAGUGUUGGCCCUCUCAAAGCUGGAUUCCCAGCUACCAGUCACUAUGCACCUCCCUGCCCUGAUGUUCCCACUACUGGCCACACAGAGCCUCCCUCAGAACCACCACGCAGGGCCAGGGUGGCAAAGUACAGGGCCAAAUUUGACCCACGUGUGACAGCUAAGUAUGAUAUAAAGGCCCUAAUUGGGCGAGGCAGCUUUAGCCGAGUAGUACGUGUGGAGCACCGGGCAACCCGACAGCCAUAUGCUAUCAAGAUGAUUGAGACCAAGUACCGAGAAGGGCGGGAGGUGUGUGAGUCUGAACUCCGAGUGCUGCGCCGGGUGCGCCAUGCCAACAUCAUCCAGCUGGUAGAAGUGUUUGAGACACAGGAGCGUGUAUAUAUGGUAAUGGAGCUGGCCACUGGUGGUGAGCUCUUUGACCGGAUUAUUGCCAAGGGUUCUUUCACUGAGCGGGAUGCCACAAGAGUGCUGCAGAUGGUACUGGAUGGUGUCCGGUAUCUUCAUGCCCUUGGCAUUACACACCGAGACCUCAAGCCUGAGAAUCUCCUUUACUACCACCCAGGCACUGACUCCAAGAUCAUCAUCACUGACUUUGGCUUGGCCAGUGCCCGAAAGAAAGGUGACGACUGCCUGAUGAAGACCACUUGUGGUACACCUGAGUACAUUGCUCCUGAGGUUCUGGUUCGAAAACCCUACACCAAUUCUGUGGAUAUGUGGGCACUGGGUGUCAUUGCCUACAUCCUGCUCAGUGGCACCAUGCCCUUUGAGGAUGACAACCGCACCCGGCUAUACCGGCAGAUCCUCAGGGGCAAAUACAGUUAUUUGGGAGAGCCCUGGCCUAGUGUAUCUAAUCUGGCCAAGGACUUCAUUGACCGCCUGCUGACUGUGGACCCUGGAGCGCGGAUGACUGCACUGCAGGCCCUAAGACACCCGUGGGUAGUAAGCAUGGCAGCCUCUUCAUCCAUGAAGAAUCUGCACCGCUCCAUCUCCCAGAAUCUCCUCAAGCGUGCUUCCUCUCGUUGCCAGAGCACCAAAUCUUCCCAGUCCACACGUUCCAGCCGCUCUACGCGCUCCAACAAGUCACGUCGUGUUCGGGAGCGCGAACUGCGGGAGCUUAACCUGCGCUAUCAACAGCAGUAUAAUGGCUGAGCCACCAGCCAUGGCAGGGGCACACUAGUGUCUCAUCCUGGGUACUUUCUGCCAUGUCACCUGGGCCCAAUACCUUCUCUAUAGCUAGACCUCAUGCCCAGCAGUAUGUAGAGCAUGUCUGGACCCAGCUCCUCUCUGUACCUUUAGUAGCCCCUACCUCCUAUCAUGGGCCUGGGAAUGUUAUGAUGGAAUGGUGGCCCAGGGCCACUUGAACUGGGAGCCUGGUAGGCAACUGGUCUGUUUGAGUUGGGAAAAGGUGCAGGACUGAGUUUCCACUGAUCUUAAUUUUUGCCACUUUUUUGAACCAAGUUGGGGGGCGGGGCUCCUGUGCUCCUGUGUUAGGUAGAAAGGGUCCUGUGGCUCAGGACUCUUAGUCCAUUACUUUUAUAACCCCCGUCCCCCCACAGAGCAGUGGUAUAGCUCCCAUAUUGUCUGCCAUGCUAGUCCUUAAGGUUAUGCUCCAGUGGGAGGUCUGGCUUGUGCCAUAGCUAAAUUGCCUCAUUAGUCCCUUAGGUGCAGUUAGAUUCGAACAACUUUGUUUCCCCCAGCCAAGAUCUGUCUCUCUUCAUGGUGCCACCAGGGACCCCUCUAGAGACUGUGGCAUGGACCUUAGCCUCAGGCUCCAGCCUCUGUAUGAGCGGGAUCCUGUCUAUCACGAUCAGUGCCUUUGCAGAGCCCACUAUUGUCUGUCUCUCCCACUUGGAUGCCAUUUCCCUCCCCAGCUGCCUCCUUCCCAACAGUGAGGGGUUAAAGGGAGAUCCACUGCUGCUACCUGGGGAUGGAUGUGCCUGAAGAAGGUUCUCCUCAACUUUAUCAGCAACCUCUCUUCUGUCUUUUGCUGUAUUGCCCUUUGCUGCUUCCCUCCUGGAGCUGCCAGGCCCUCCUUUAUAGCUCCAUCGGGCCACCUAGUGUCUGGUGUGGGUAUAGGUGGCCAGGGGACGGGGUGGUGACUGGUGCACAACCUUGCAAACCCACAGCCCUCCAAACAGAAGAGGACAGAAAGGAGUUGCUGAAUUGGGGGAAGAGUCCUGGGCUGCUCAACUCCCCUUCUGUUCAGUUUCUCCAAACCUCACCUUGGAACUUAGCCAUACUGUGUUACCUGCCUCUGAACCCUGGGUGCCUUGGCUGCUGGCCUUGUCCUAUUUGCCGUGUGCCCGCUUCUUUUCACAGCAUUAACUUUCCAGGUUGGCCCCACUGAGUCUCAGGCUGGAGGGAGCCCUUCUGGGAGGUAGGGUAGGGUUGCAGGGGCUGCUCUCCCAGAGGACUGAGCUACAACAGUCCCUAUAGCUGUCAUGGUCUCCCCUACCACCACCAUAUUAGGCUGGAAUAUGACCUCCCUCCCUCUGUAGCUGCUUUCAGUGGGUAGGAAGGGGCCAGACAGAGCCUAGCAAGGCACUCUUCUACAUAUGCCUCCUCUGCUGGGAAACCAAACCAAAGAGACCACUUGUGCCAAGUCAAUUGUGCCUUCUGUAUGCUCUCCUCACACCCUCCCCCUGGAUAGGAGGCCAUGGAGAGCCACAGCUUCAGAGUUCCCCCCACCUACCAGUUCCCCAGGAAUCUCGGGUGUGAACCACUGGGGAUUCAUUUUCUCUCUUGCCCAAAGUGAGUCUGGCUGAGAGGCUAAGACAGAGGGAGUUUAGUGCCUUGGGCCUUUGAUAGGUCCACCAGGCCUUCAUGCCGUGAACUACGGAUGGAGAAUGUGCAGGUAUUUAUUUUGUGUACUCUGUAAAUGUAUCUUCUGUAUCCAAUAAACAGGCUGCCCUCCCUCAGGGAAGGCUGCCAUUUUUUCUGACCAUA